AUGCCCAAGGAGGGAGUCAACCAUCACACUGCGACUGUAUCAGCUGGACCAUCAUCGGCGGACGACUACAACAUCAUCAACGAGCUCCUCGAGGCCGUUGAGCGAAAUCCAAAUUCUGGGGAGGCGCGUUGCGUGCUGGCCGAGCAAUACGAUGCGUGGGGCUGGAAAGAUGCUGCCGGAGAUUUCAUGGAAGAGAUUCUCGGGUUACAACCAGAAGACUCAACCGCGAGAGAGUGGCUUGCGGCCAAUGGCCGACUCCAAGAAUGCGCGUCGACAGCGUCAACAGCGUCAACAGCGGUACAGGCAACCGAGAGUAACGAUGACAUCGCUCGGAAAUUUUUGUCUCCUGGAGGACUUCGAGAACUGGGGAAUGGCUACAAAUUGCUCCUAUCCGAUGCGCAGGGCCUUCUCUCCGAGUUGCAGGCAUUUCAAGAUAUGUGCGGGCCAGAGACAGAUAUCGCAGGCCAGAUCGCUGAUGUUCGAGCCAUAGCUGAAGGGCGCUUGACAUCCGCGGUAAAAGCCAGAGCGCCCCCUGCAGUACGUACUGUUGCUCAAGGCAUUAAGCAAAGUCCAGCACCGCAACGAGUAGACAACGUCUGCAACGACCUGGAAGCAAAUGUUCGAUGGAUCCGCAACCAAGCAUCAGGAAAGCAAUCUGACCAGAUUCGAGAAACAGUCCGCAAAAGAGCUGAAGCCAUCAAGGCAGCUCUAGCACCAGAGUUACAUCACUUCGUCGACGAUGCUUGGAUGCAUGUCGAACACGAGAUCCUCGGCAGAAAGUACCAGAAUGGUGGCCAGACGAUGCUUGGGGACCUGGUAAUUGCCAUUCCGCGAACGGACUUCUAUUGCAGUGGCGAUGGAUAUGCAUGGGACAUGGCAGAGUUGGCCUCAGCCAUCAAGGCAAAUGGAGGUGUCAUGCGAAACCCGUUGUCCAAGCAAUUAUUCUCAGCAGACGAUGUGCGAUCCAUUAUCAGGCAUCCACUUGGUAAAGGCCUAGCCGCGCUCCAGCUCAAGCAGAAAGAACUCACCAGUGGUGUCCGAAAGAGCACGAUCAGCAAGCUGAAUGAGAUGGCGGCAGUGCUUCUGGGCGACCAGACACUUGAUGCCGCAGCCAGCCGUGAGGCGGUCGAGGGCUUCCUGACGUACACUGCCACAUUGCCACAGGCUGAGCAGAACGCCCUGAAGGAUCUUCGUGUACCCGCCAAGGACAGUCACACCGAACAGCCAUUCGAUGUGACGAUAGGCGAUGCUGUGGAGGACGCAAAAGCGAACCGGCAGUGUUUCCACAAGACGGGAGACCUGCUUUCACAGGCUGCCAGGUUCCUUGCGAGUCAGAAGAUGGGCACGCAGAUGCCUGGCGCGUGGAGCUGA